UUUCAAUCAUUGGUCAUCAUGGUUACAUGGGUUGCAAUGUCGUCUGAUCAGUGUUUUUGAUGGCUAUUAUGAAUUAUUGUUAUGGAUUAAUGGUAUUUUAGUACAGCUGUCAUAAUGUUGCUAAAUAGAAAUAUGUUUGUACUUCGUCGAUGCUUGCAGUGCAAACCAUUUGCAGCUAGUACAUUCUACAUCACAGAAUGCAACAGUUACAGAGACAAGUUUCAAUAUAAGCAGACUCGUAAUUUUCGAAAUUUUGGUCAUACUUCUCAAAAAAAACCCAUUUCUUAUUUUGCACCAUUUGUAAUCACUUUUAUAAUGAUAACGGUUAACUUUACGGAUUGGCAACGUUAUUUUGGUUUAAUAUCUGAAAUACCGAAAGUGGAAAUACCUAAAGUGGAAGCUGCUGAAUUACCAGUGGAAGGGAACCAGGACAAUAGAGAUGUGGAAAAUAUAGAAUAUGAUUUACAAAAGAAGAAAAAGAAGAAAGAAAAAAUUGGUUUUCGAGAUAGAAAGAUAAUAGAAUACGAAAAUCGUAUGAGGCAUUAUUCAACACCGGACAAAGUGUUUCGUUACUUCGCGACCCUCCAGGUCACGAGCAACGAUAUACACGAGGUGUUCAUGACGCCAGAUGACUUUUUGCGAUCGAUGACACCUGGCGUUAAACAACCCGACGGUUUAGGGUUGGAUCAAUAUAAGCGUUACGAUCCAAAGAAUAUUCACACAAAGUUAGAAUUGGAAUUAGACGGGGAUAGUAUCUUCUACAAACUAGGAAGUGCCGGCCUUAUUACUUUCUCUGAUUAUAUCUUUCUGCUAACUGUAUUGUCAACUUCUAGACGUCACUUUGAGAUCGCCUUCAGAAUGUUCGACUUUAACGGGGACGGUGAUGUCGAUUCUGAGGAAUUUGGAAAAGUGGCUACAUUGAUACGGCAACAAACUAGUAUCGGCACUCGACAUCGAGAUCAUGCAACUACAGGCAGUACAUUUAAGGGGGUGAAUUCAGCGUUAACAACAUAUUUCUUCGGACCACAAAUGAAUCAAAAAUUAACGAUCGAAAAAUUCCUGGAUUUUCAGCAGCAACUGCAGCGGGAGAUCCUGAGUCUUGAGUUCGAACGACGAAAUCCGGAUGAGCAUGGAAAUGUUACUGAAGUAGAUUUCACGGAAUUAUUAUUGGCGUAUGCCGGAUAUCCAGCUAAAAAGAAGGCGAAGAUGCUGAAAAGAGUGAAAAAAAUGUUUAAAGAAGAUCCAAAAGGUAUUAGCAAGGAGGAAUAUCUUAAGUUCUUCCACUUCCUCAACAAUAUUAACGAUGUUGACACAGCUCUAACGUUUUAUCAUAUAGCUGGCGCAUCUAUCGAUCAAGCAACGUUAAAACACGUAGCGAAAACCGUCGCGCACGUUGAUUUGAGUGAUCAUAUCAUUCAAGUAGUGUACACAAUUUUCGACGAAAACAUGGACGGACAACUUAGCAAUCGAGAAUUUGUAGCAGUGAUGAAGAACCGUGUUCUUCGUGGCCUAGAAAAACCAAAAGACACUGGAUUUGUCAAAUUAAUUCAGUCUCUGAUGAAGUGUGCAAAGCAUAGCAACCUCUUGUCUUUCGAUAAAUAAUUAAAAAAGCACAUAGGCAGAAUUGAAAUGCUGCUUAAUUUAUGUUCCUGCGUUGUUGUAUUGAUAAUAAAUUAUGUAGAAGAAGAAAUAUAAAAUGUUCUUAAAA